AUGGCGGAGACCAUGUGGCCCCCAGGCAACCAUGAUGCCCAGCUCUUCCCCAGGUCCAACCUGGACCGCAUAUUCAUAGACUUUUGGCUUAAAUUCGAGCAAAGAAUGCAACAAAGCCAAACUCAUCCACCCAGCUCAAGCCACCCUUCUCGACAACAGCCUCCUGAUCCUCAACAAAGGAAAGCUGCACCGGCGGAACACACAACAAGAAAAUGGCGGUGGAGUG